AAUAUCUGAUCAAAAGCCAAAUAAAACAAAUAGUAAUAGUAAUAUCCUAAAGAAGCUUGAUGAUCGUGAUGAUGGCAUUAACAAAGAUGUUAUAAGUCAAAAUCAUUUUUUAUUUGUUGCUCCUGUCCAGGAAGUAAUGAAAGAUAAUGAUAUUAUCACAAAUUCAGAUGAAAAUGAAAGAAGCACAUUACCUCAUUUGAGCAUAGAAUAUGUUGGAAAUUAUGAUAUUGAAAGUAAUAUGGAAUUGAUUAAUGACCUAGUUGUUGAAGAAACUGAUAAUGAUUCUUGGAAGGAGUGGAAAUUGAAGUCUGGUAAUAGAGUAAUUGAUAUUUUAAAAAAUGCAUCUAAUCUUAAUGGACAUAAAUUAAGGCAAUGGUGCUCUAAAACAGAUUAUCAUGAGAUUCAACUUACCUGCAAACCACGUGUUUCAAUAGCUCCUACAAUAAUAAUGAAAAAUCUUCUUAAACUGGGAUCUUUAGAUGCUAUGAAUAAAGAAUUGGAAACACUUAGACAAAGAGGUCCAGAAGCAUCACUUCAAGAUCCAAUGAAUAAAUUCUUUUGUGCCAUUUUAUCAGACUUUAAUAAGUUUGUAUAUCCAAACAAUGCUUUGAUUCAACGUGGAAUAGAUUCAGAAAGUAUAUAUGGAGUUUAUGUUAUUCACACUUGUUUUAAAGAACUUUUUCCUGAUUUAGAAAAUGAAAUAUUAUAUAAGCC